AGUCUGUUAGCGGAUGCCCAUCGUCAAAGAAAUCAGUAGACCACAGGCUAGUCUAUUAGUAACACGCGUUUUCGGAAUUCUCAAAGCGCCCAAGACUUGCUUCGUGCGGCAAGCACUGCUUAUAAACUUUAGUGAGUGAAAACGGUCAGAGGAUUUGGUGCUCCGCGUAAGGAGCGUGAGGAUGCAAAAGGAGCAUCGAAACGAGAUCAUCUCGAAAUGAAACGUCUGGUUGCCUCUGGUACUCAUUAGCCUACUCAUAUGGGAUACUCAAGAGUGAAAUUAAGGAAGAAGUGGUCUCAUCUGUGCUGUUUGCCGUCGCUAAUGAUCUGCGCGGAAGUUUGACUAUCAAGAAAGUUUUCGCAGUGUUCAAUGGCACUUUUGGUUUUUGUGUCUUCAACGUCUUCGACAUCUAAUCACUAGCGGACAUAUUUUUGUCAUUUUCUCGUGAAUGAAUAUCGGAAGUUUUGUUUUUACAUCUGUUCGUCUAUUUGAGGAAAUUGUCUUGGUUAAUGUUUCGGGCUACAGUGGACACAAUUUUCACUGUGACAUACAUUUAAAGUGCGGAUUUUUUCUUCAUCUAUUUAUGAUUAAGUGAAACUUUAUUGUCAUCAAAAGAUAGAAGAAAAGAAGAUUGUUUUAACGACAUCGGAAAUUGUUAUCGGUGUUUAAUAUUAUUGUUUCCUGGUUGGCAUUAUUUCGAGUGGUUUUGUGAGAAUUUUCUGUUGGAGUUAGUUUCGCAAGAAACUCAAAUCAAUUUGAAAUUAUUUUGUACCUCUUCGUUGCGACCGGUGGAUGUCGAUUGGAAUAUUCAAGAUGAGGAUAUCAAUAAUGAUAUUUGCCGCAGUCGUGGCAUGUAUAGCAGCUGAAAAAAAUAAAACUGUCACAAAACUAUUCCCAGCUUCAAAAACAGGAAAGCCCGGUGAAAAUCGUGAAAGGAGAACGCUUUACAACUUUGGAAACUUUGGCUACAACCCAGAACCAUUUCCACGUAAUAACCCACAUGCUCAAAGACGAAUAUCAAACUAUAAUCAUGACUUCUAUCAGCAAGAUCCGUACUCUGGACAAUUUAGUGGUCCUCCAAAUUCUUAUGUGCCUGACGCCAGUAAUCACCUCGUAGAUCAACCGGCGCCGUAUUAUCAGCCACACUAUGUGGAACCACCAGAGCCAAUUAUUGAAAUCAUCAUCAAAGAAAGUAAUGAAACUCUUCCUGAACCCCCACCACAGCCACACUUCAUUAAAAAGAAGAAAAAGGAGCAAGUUCAAGUCUUUUAUGUCAACUACAAAAAAGGUCAUAACAAUAAGUUGCAGUUGGAAAAUCCAAUUCCCGCACUUACACCACUCGGCUUCAACAAUGAACAUCACGAAGAAGAAGAGGAGGAGCAAGAAGUCAUUCACCCAGUAACACCACUCCCUAAGCUGAAAACAACCACUCUCAGAACGAUCAUUCAUCCAGAGUCUGAAAAAUUCCAUAGCAAUAGUGGCAUUCAUGUUUCCUUCAACAUUGAAGAUAAAUAUCAGAAUGGCCACCAAUUGCAAGAGCAUGAUGAGGGCAGUGAAAUUCAGUCGGUGGUAGCUCUACCGAAUGGUCAAUUUCCUCCUAAUCAUCGCCCAAACUAUCAGAGCCACCAAAACCAAGAUAAUCACUCCAAUCAACAGAAUCAUCAAAGGCCUCAAAAUUAUCAGAAUCAUCAAACGCAUCAAAGUCAGCAAAGUCAUCAAAACUUCCAACCGCCUAUACCCCAGAAUCACCAAUACAAUCAGCGCUUCCAAAAUCAUUAUCGUAGUGAUUACUCAAGGUCGCAACAAAAUUUCCAUUCAAACUUCCGUUCCCAAAACUAUCAAAAUCAAGCAACGCAUCUCCAUCCAUUGCCAAACCACUUUCAACAACCAUCACAGCCCGUUCAUCAGCAACAGCAGCAGCAACCGCAACAAAGCAGUUUCACCAGUUUCUCGUCGCAACAAAACGGACAAAACAAUUUUAGGCAAAAUUCUUUCCACAAUCAGCAGCAAGUCACUCAUUUGACUCCUAGAAGCCCGCCGUUCAUUCCCGAACAUACAACCCCUCGCUUCCAGUUGCCUCAUCAAAAUCCUGCACCUCAAUUCAACCGGCCACCGCCACCACCUCCACCAGCAGGACCAUCACAGCAGCCACCCCAGAAACAAUCAAUUCAAUUUCCUAAUGACAGUACAAAAACCCAUAUAAAGUCGCACGUUAACUAUCAACCGCUUAAGUACCGUCAACAACCAUCCAAUCCACAUAAACCUAUUCCUAUCCCACUUCAUAGUAUUCAGUCGGAAAACCAACAGCAAUCAUUCAACCGCCAAAUACCUUUCGGCCCUCCUUCUCAGGCUCCGCCACCACAUUUCAUCCAACCGCAGCCAGAAAACAAUCCACCACCACCACCGCCACCACCUCACUUCCGACCAAGACCUUCACAGCAAUUCCAUCAUUCGGCUGUUAGCUCUAGUCCUCAAUUGAACAACAUCCCUCAAAUAACCCAUAACCCUCCUCCUCCACCUCCAUCUCCCACAGCCUCAUUAUCGCCACAAUUCCAACAUAAUAAAUUUUUCCCGCCAGCACCAGUUGGUGAUGCCGGAAAUGGGGGCUUCGACCAACGUCAACAACCACACCAGCAACAAUAUCAACAACAUCAGCAACAUCAACAACAUCAGCAACAUCAACAACAUCAACAACAUCAACAACAUCACCAACAUCAAAAUCAACAUCAGGAGCGUCCAUUACAAAAUAUCAACGUGCCAUUCCUAGGAAAUGUCAAGUCCGAAUUGGUAGCAUCAGUACCAAGGUUCGAGCAACAUAUCACUGAAACAGUUGGAGGAAGUCAGACCCAGUUUGGGCAAAACUUUAAUGAACAAAAGCAUCAGCAGCAAAACUACAAUGAAUUUACGUCACAAAGCAACCAGAAUAACGUCAUUCAAACUGUGCCAUCGCCCAACUUGGGACCAACUACCCCCUCACCAAACGUGCAAUAUCACUCUUCAACUCCCGGUAUCGGUUUCAGCUCAACACCAAGUCAGCAUUUGAAUAAUUUUGUCACACAUCAGCACAGCUUCGGGGGCUCGACAUCGAACUCAAUAUUCUCGACAGUUUCCUCGACAUCCGCUCCACAAUACACUCAACAACACAAGGAGCAUUUGCAAAUCGUCACGCCAACUCCAACGCAUCACAGUCAGUACAAUCAUCAUCAGACAUUCGAUGGAUUCAAUCAGAAUAAUGUGCAGCCACAGAUCAUUCCUAACUCUCAACCUCUUCCACAAAAAUUGCCUCCACCAGGACAAAGUGUUUCGACCAUUCACACGGAAGCUUUGAAGGAACUAGAGCGACUGAAGAAUAACUACUACUCCCAAAAUCAACAAUUCGAUUCGCAACUGAAUAGUGGAUUUAGUCAACUAUUCGAUUCUGACUCGAAUAAUGGGUUCAGUCAACCGUCAAGCAACGGAUUUAACCAACAGUCCAGCCAUGAAUUUAACCAGCAGUCCAACCAUGGAUUUAAUCAGCAAACCCACGCUGGAGUGCAACCACACUCGGGAUUUGGUCAGCAAUUUGACCAACGUCAACAGCAAAUUGUCUCAAUUUCGGGACGUAACCAGUUUACGGCUCAUCAGGGCAGUACGCCAUUUGCCCAAAAUCAUCGUUACCAGCCAACACCUACGCCACCCUCAACAACUCCUUCGACUACUACAACCGAAGCAACAACUACCACAAGCACGGAGAAACCAAAACCGAAACCAAACAUUAAUCUUCCUGACGAAGUCCCAGACGAUUUAAGGCAACAACUUCUGACUUCAGGAAUUUUAGACAAUGCAGACAUCAGUGUUUUAGAUUACGACAAACUCGGAGACACAGCAAUUGAAAACUUACCUCCAGAGCAUUUGGCCCACUUCUACGGAGCAGGCGGAGCAUCCCAAAUUUCAAGUUCCAACAAAGUCCUUUCGGUGGUGAAACCUAACGGUGAGAAAGUUAGCAUCAGUGAGAAGCAGAAGUACAAGGAUCGUCAGCCAUUACCCAAACGUGAAAACAUCGAUUUGAAAGUUGUCCGUUUCGACUCGACCAACCAGAAGAGCAUAACAGAUAAAUACAUCCGACCUGACGCCACUGUCCUUCCUGCUGUAGACAUCAACAAUCCAAAGUACAAUCGAUACUUACCCCUGAAGGUCAACGGCGCUCAAUUCCCAUUGCCAGAUGUUCAGGAACUUAAAGGCAAGCGAGUUUCAAGCGUCGUUGUUUUGGCUCCAGUUGAUCCUUUGCAGGACAUUGAAGAAACCCCAUCUGCGGACAGUUUUGAAAGCAGGCAGGAAAGAGGUCUGGCUGAAUCGAAGCGUAUCAAAUUCAUCGCUGGCGAUACUCUGAAGACAUUGCUGAAAAAACCUACGAGGGAAAACUUCAAGAGGUGGUUAGAGAAGGAAUCAAGGACGGAUAUUGAUUUCCAGAGCGUUGUUCUUCUCGUAACUAAGAACAACUACAACGAACAGGAAAUCUUCAUGUAUGAUAUCAGCACUAAGGAAAUCAAUAAACUGAACGGAGCCCUAUCGUCUGCAUUCGUGAAUGUCGCAGAAGAGAACGCCAGCUCCCAGGACAUAGACAACGCUUCGAUCACUGACAGUGGCAUCGUUGAAAGGAUGACUCCAGCACGAAAGGACGACUACGUUGCUGAGGCAUCAAAGAAGCAGGAAACAGUGGUUAAAUUCAGCUCCAAGAUCCAGUCAAGGCGGGACGACGAACACAAGCCCGUGUAUAUUAACUCCGGUUACAGUGUCAUUAGGAAAUAAAGGAAAACAUUAUUAUCCUCUACCAACUAGUAUUUGUGUUCUGUAUAUGACUAGAAUUUAUUGAAAUUUUAAUUUGGGGCAGUCAAACCUACUUCUUAUGGAAAAAUGUGUAAAAAAACAUAAAUGCAGCCCCGAAAAUGGCUAACUUGUAUAGUAAUCUUACCUACGUAAAUUUUAAAUUUAAUUCAUUCGUAGAUAAUUGAAUGGUUUUCAGUUGUACGCGCGUAGUGUCUUGCGUUCGUGGAAACACACAAAAUUGCAUGAGAAUUCAGCACAAAUUAAAUUAUAUAUAUUUAUGUGAAUAAUGAUAUCGUGUAAAUGCGUUCAACAUAUUGUUGAAAGCUCGUGUCCUUUGGAGUAUGUCGGAAUGUAAUCCGAAGGACAUGUCUUUGUAUAGUUAGUUGUAAUGAACAUGAAUGGAAGUAUUUUCUAAAUAAAUGUAUCUUUCAA